UCACAGAGAAAAUGCUCUAUAUUUCCAAUGCAAUGAAAACAAAAACAAACAAAAAAUGACAACCACCUGCAACUUCACAACUUGAGAAUAUGUUCAAUUUCUGCAUCUGAAGCAACAUCCAGAGGUAAGGAUCCCUCACUGUCAGUUAUAUUCUUGUCAGCUCCAUUUUCUAAAAGAUACUUAACGAUAUCAAUAUGGCCACAUGACGAUGCGUAAUGUAAUGCAGUCUGACCAUCUCCAUCUUGAAGAUCAACAUUGGCUUUCAACCUUUCUAAAAGGCCUUUGCAAACCGACAGGCUCCCUCUAUCAGCAGCCCAGUGAAUAAGACCCAUACCACAAUCAUCCAGAUCAUCAACAGCAGCAAAAACAGUUUGCUUCUGAGCAAGUUCUAAAACCUUAUCUAUAUUGCCUUCUUUCACCCAAUCGAAUACAGUCUUAUCAUCAUCUGCAAUAUAGUCAUCUGUAUUUGGAAGGCAGCUGACAGAUACCCAUCCUAUGUUGUGCACAGCAUUCUCUUUGUCUUCUGUUUGUUCCUUUGAGUAUCGCAGCUCCCAUCCUGGGUCCAAGGCAGAUACUGAACUGAUAUAAUUUUUCAUUGCAGUCUCUUGAUCCAUAUUCCCAAGUUCUUUCCAAGCCUCCCACUUUUGUUUUGCUGUGAGUUCAAACCAAUGAGGUCUCGGAAUGCAGCAUGGCCCCUCCUUGGCUUGCUUGUAGUAGGCAUACAACUCCAGGAGCUUGUCAUUCCCUAAUUGACCAACAAGAGUCUUCAUAUGAUUGGCUGCUCGUUCAAAAGCCUCAGUCAGACUUACAGAGUUUUCUCCUGUGUCUGCCAUGAUACCUUAUUUCUACUGAAAGUCCUUGAAUGAUUAAAUCAGUCUAAGAAGAUCAUCCAUAACUACGUACGCAUUGAUUGUCACAGUGGACUAGUUACUCGGUUGAACUACAAUAUUAUUUCCUUCUAAAUUAUGUUUAGUUCGAUUUAUAGCAUUGUCAUAACCACCCUUUGUACUAAAGAUAACAAAACCAUAUCCCCUGGACAUUCCAGUUUCUUUAUUGAAAAUUACAUUAGCAGAAACUAAAUGUCCAAAUUCAGAAAAAUAUUUCUUGAGUUCUGAAUGACAGACAGUCCAUGGUAAAUUGCCAACAAAAAGUUUGUGCAAAGGUCUGGAAGCCAUUUUAUUAACAAUUAAUACAACAAUCAGGCACGUGUUAUUUCUAGUAAAUGUAUCGUAUGAUCUCUCACCAAUUCAUUUAUGUCUAUUCCAGAUUCUGCUCCCAAAUUACUCAAAGGAAUAUGUUCACACUGUAAUCUCCACUUGUGCAAUAAAUGUUCAAUAGACCAAUCUGCACUUCGCUCUUGAUAGGUGCACAAGAAUCUUGCAUGUGGAUUUUUCUCUAAUAAGUAUGCCACAGUCACAACAAUAUCUUCAAAAACAGAUGGUUCAUAGAAGCAAUCUGAACCCAAAAUUAAGUCUAUUGGACCUAAAGAAAAAAUAGUACUUAGAAAAAGGCCCCAAGUUAACCCUAAAAUUCGCACUUGACUUGGCUGAAGUCCAUUCACAUCACAACAAUGUUUCACGUGCUGUAAACUUUUUGGAAGACUAGCACACUCUGUUAAGGUUACGACUGCACCACAUUUUGCAGCGACAAUUCCAGGCAACGCAGUUCCAGAUCCUAAUUCAAGGAUGCGUUUGCCCGGUAGCUCUCGGCGAUGUUCCCAAAGAAACCAAGCAAGAACUGGAGCAGCUGGCCAAGUGUAGAAACUGUAACUGGCUUGCAAUUGCUCUGGAAUGAAUAUUUCCAAAGACUCUACGUCACUUUCUCCACCCCUACUAUUGACCGAUUUAAACACAAAUUUCUUCACUUGUUCUGCGACUCCAUCGGACAUUGGAGACUGGAAUGCAGUGGAACAGGAAAUACGUAGUGUGAGGAUGUAAACACAGAAGUUCUAUCCGUACCAGCGAGCAACAAGUCAAGUUUGUAGCAUCGAGCAAUAAGCAAUACCGUUUUAUUUUGUAGUGGGAGAAUAUAAGGAUAGUUAAUUUAUUGAAAGAAGUGACAAAGAAAGUGGAAUUACAAAAUAUGGAAAUUCGGGCAUGCUUAGUCAAUUGUCAUAGUUGCACUACAUUGAGUAUGGUGAAAACAGAAACCUUAAAUCUGUUUCUGGAAUCUAACACCAUGAAAAGUGAUCAUUUAUUUUUUCCGAAAUCCAGUAACGAUUUUCAAUACCUAAAGAGACAUAAAUUAAGUAACUUUCUAGUUGUAACUCACUUUCUCUAGACGAUUUUCAUACGUACGGAUUUAGAUAUUUAGGAAAUGCUUCACGAAUGUCAAAUUCAAUAUAUUUAUUUUUUGUUUGUUUGAAAUUUUAAGUGAAUGAACACUGAUAAUACUAAUAAUGACAAAGGAUUAUACAUUCAUCACCUUUUCAUAAUGCACAUUUGUUGGUUUUUAUAAUUUAAACUACAUGAAAAUGGCCGUUAAAAGCGAACUGAAUUCAACUACAAAACGUAAAGCUGCCCAAGCAGUAAAAUUUUGUGUUAAACAGGAAAGAAAUGUAAUGCUUAAAAAGGUAUAUGCCCUUCUUAAGAAAACUGAAGUGGAUAGAAGUGAAGAAGAAAAGCAUUUCUUGUUGAAUUAUAUUGAUCUAGUGAAGGAAGUAAGGAGGAGAAUUGAACGUCAGAAAAAAUUAAAAGAGCGCUUAAAAGAAGUUGAAGAUCCACCUGAUGUAAUUGCAAAAAAAUGUAUUAUGUUGGCUGAAGCUCUGUCAGCAUCUAGGCGACUUGUGGUGUAUACAGGAGCUGGUGUCAGUACUGCUGCUUGUAUUCCUGAUUACAGAGGCUCUAAUGGCAUUUGGACUUUACUUCAACAAGGGAAAGAUGUUGGGCUUCAUGACUUGUCCAAAGCAGAUCCUACGCUCACUCAUAUGUCCCUGACAAAGUUGUAUCAGGUUGGCAUUAUCAAACAUGUAGUUUCUCAAAACUGUGAUGGUUUGCAUCUUAGGAGUGGCCUGCCCAGAGAAGCAUUAUCUGAAGUUCAUGGCAACAUGUAUGUUGAGGUUUGUCGCCAGUGCCAGCCUGUGAGAGAAUAUUUGCGGUUGUUUGAUGUCACUGAGAACACCGGGAGAUUUAAUCAUAGAACAGGUCGAAGAUGUUACAAAUGCUCUGGGGCAUUGGUUGACUCGAUUGUGCAUUUUGGUGAACGUGGAACUUUGAAAUGGCCUUUGAACUGGCCAGGAGCUGUGACUGCUUCUGCCAAUGCUGAUACAAUCCUGUGUAUUGGAUCCAGUUUAAAGGUUCUAAAAAGAUACCCAUGGUUAUGGGGCAUGGACAAGCAUCCUAAAAAGCGCCCAAAGCUAUAUAUUGUUAACUUGCAAUGGACUCCAAAGGAUGACCAAGCCGUUCUUAAAAUCAAUGCAAGAUGUGAUUCUGUUAUGGAGCAAGUUAUGCAAAUUCUUCAAUUAGAUAUUCCCAAAUACAAUCGUUUAAUGGACCCUAUUUUUGUUCAUGCCACUUCUUUAAAUCCUGCUGAGACACAUACAACCACAAAGCCUCUGCUUACUGCUCCGCUCAAUAAAUUUGCUUCCACUCCUGAACAAAUUUCUCAAGAAAUUUUAUCAGUAGUAAAACAUGAAAAAAACAAUGUGUCUUCCAGUCAAAUAAAUCAGGAGCUAGAUGUUCCCAUCAGUUCAGUAAAACCGGAAAAUAAGAAUGAAAACUGUGUUGCUGAGAACAUAUGUAAAAUGCACUUGGUGGAAGAAAAACGCGAAUGUCAAACUCACAAUUUUAACAGAGAGGUCUCAAAAUCUUCCUGUAUGAUAUGUGUUUCUGAUCCAUUAAUUAUUGUGAAAAAGGAGUUGUGCCCAUCAGAAAUUGUACGUGAAUCACAUGCAAUAGAAGAAGCUAUUAGGGGAGGCAGUAAUUUUAGAAGUGGGAAUGAAAGCAUUAAACAUUCUUCAAAUGACUCUCCCUUCUCAGGGAAUUCAAAACACAGACCUACAAAAAAUAAAUAUGGUUCCAGCUUUCAUGAAGACCUACAAGUAAAGAGAGAAUUCAUUGCUGAAAAUGCAUCAUAUGACGAACCUUUUAUGGACAUUAUCUAUGAAGGAGUGAAAUUAAAAGUGGAAGAAAAUGUGUCAGUUGAUGCUAACGUGAAAAUUAAUAACGACAUGUUAAUACUAUGUGAUACACCUAGUAUUCAUUGUAAUUCAUUUAUAUUUAAUUCCUCAUAUGAGUUUGAAGAGUCAGAUAAUGAUUUUAAAUUUGUUAAUGUUAAUAAUUCAAGCUCAUUGAAUGAUUCUGAUUUGUGCACAUACAGAAUAAGUGAAAGCAGUAACUCAAUGUCAAAUAAUGCUGGUAUAAAUGAUGAAGAAUAUAAACAUGGAAAAAAGAUGCUUUCAUUUUUUUACUCUAAUGAACACAAUUACAGUCAAUCUACAUCUGCUCAUGAAUACAGCUCAGAUAAUCAAAUCAGAGGUGCCAGUUCUUCACAGAUUAAAACUCAGGUCCAAGAUAAAUGUUCUUCCCACUCAGCAAACAGUCAAAAGGAAUCACCCCGUAAGUGUGUGUGUUGCAGUGCAUGGUAUGGUGCGAGUGAUUGCCUCUUCUACCUCCCAGUGGAGCCAGUAUUUCAAGAUAGGACUGCUGGUGUAUGCGAGUGUUGUUCAGAUGACAGUGAAGAGGAAGAAGACAUCGAAGACAAUGAGAAGAAGGAGAACAAGGACGAAAUGUGCAACCCUGUUAAACCAGUAACAAAUCCGGGAUGGUACGGAAAGGGAUAUCGGAAACGGAUUAAGAAGAAAAGAUAGCAUUACAAGUUUUGCGAGACAAUUUAUUUGCUCAAGGUAUAUAUAAAUAGAAUUAUAAUGAGUGGUAGGUGUAGACCAGCCCCCUCAAUUCUCCUAUCCUUCCCAUGUUAAAUGCAUUUCAUGAGCAAUUACAGAAUCUAUUAGGAACAAAAUGCUCACUCAGUCUUGUGUAACACUGUGCUGAGUUAGAAAUUAUAAUCAACGACUUUUCAUUCAGACGUCAUGACGGUGUUGUAACAUUAGAUAUUAUAUUGACUAUUGUUUAACCCAUUCUCAUGGGCCCAUUUGCACUUGUUUCAAUGAAAGAUCAGGCUUAUGUUGCCACAACAUCAACUAGCUGGGUGAACUCUGCUGCUUUUGGCACUUGAAGGCUUAUGCACUUUGGCAGCACAAACACAAGUAAAGAGUCUAUGCCAUCUUUAGAAACCUUGCUGUUAAGGGAGAAAAUCUUAAAUGUGAAUAUAAAGCAUGCAACAAAUAAAAAGUAACAAUGCCAUAUUGAUCGAAGGCAGAAUCCAAUGCUGAAGGGUUAAAAUGUAUAACCUGUUUAAAAAAUUAUUUUUAUCUAAUUACCGGGAAUUUUAUUUUCAAUUUCUACUUCAUAGAAGACAAUGAAAGUAGAUAAAUGGGGCCUAAAGUAUGUUAACAUGACACAGAAAAUUCUAGGUAGAUAUAAUGAGCAACAUUGCAUUCCAAAGAAUACUAGGAUAAUACUGUCUGUUCAUUGUACCAGAAAAUAAAAUAGCAGAAUUUUCUUUGACUGAGUGACAUUAUUGCUGCCUACUGGAUUUCUUUAUACUUGAAAUGUAAAACUACUUUGAAGGGGCCUGGUGUAGACCAUACAUGUAUUUAUUACAAAUGGCCUAAAGUGUGAGCAGUAUUUUGCAAUAGUUAUGUUCCAUAAAUAAAUGCUCUUAAUUGUUAUCCUUUAAUGCCAAUUUCAAUUGGUUUUCUGGAAACCUUAAAGUACAAAUGACAAAAUUACAAUGUAGACUGCAUGAAUUCCAGUUAUUUAUUACCAAAAUGAAGUUGGUUUAAAAUAUUAUUUUUAUUUCUUAAAUGAUUAUAUAUGUUUACAUUGUUUUAAUACAAAUCUAGAUGUCAAAAAUAAAUUUUCAUAUCAUCUGUAUAUCAGUCUGAGUAGUUGUUAGAGAGAUUCGUUUACAAUGCAACUGAAUGUAAAUAAUGCUGUCAAUCUAUUGAAAAAUGGUUAGCUCUCUUUUUUUUAUGUCAAAAUUCAUUUUAAAGGACAUGAAAUGACAAAAGCAUGGAAAUGUACAUACUGAAAAUAAAAGGGGGUCGGUUUUACAGAAAUAUGUUAAAAUUUAUCAAAUUAGUAGACAAUUUAUCAUAUUAGUAAACACACAUCUGUAUGUAGGCACUUAAUUGGGGAAGCCGACAUGUUCUUAUAUUUUAUCGUGUCCAGAUUGCUCAGUAUAUCAGAUGCCUGUGAAUCUUAGAUGUUGAACUACUUUGCCUCUUGGUGCCUGGCAAUGUUUUAAAUUCUUAGAAUUGGUUUCAAAGGCAGAGAAUAAGAAGAAAUUGUAAGUGGGUGUUUGUUUUUUUAUGAAAUGCAUGCUACCAUUCUAAGGUUCUGCAGAGAUAACUUUCCAAAGUUGAAUUCAAGGAACCCAAAAUGUCAUAUUCACGAUGAUUUGAAAUUGAUAGUGAAUGACUGCAGGAGCUACUGGAGAAUCGUUUAAAAGGAAAAUGUUGGAAUAAUAAAAUGAUAUAAUGGAAGUUAGUGAAGUUAAAAAUAUUGAUUAAUAUUCUGCAGAUUUUAGGCUCUAAAACUUUCCAUUUUAAGUGCCUAAAAAGGCUCCUAAGAAGCGAAAAUAGAUAUAAAUUCGUAAAAAGGCAUUAUACAUUGAGAUGAAAAUAACUUUUUAAAAAAAAGUUUUUUCAAGCAGUUUUAUUGGCACUAUUAUUUAAAUGGUUAUUUUUCUCAUAUAAAACAAGGAAGCAACAAGAAUCAGAGUCAGUAUACUGUCACCAUUUGUUCUAAAGGGAUGCAAUUCACCAUACACUGUUCUAACAACUGCUACACAGUGUUGAGUUUAAUGAAAUUAAUACUUACUUAUCUCUUGUGAGCAUGAGGUUGAAAAUAAUGACUUGUCAGUGUUUUGUUAAACACUCAAAUUCACUUAUCCACUUACUAUAUAUUCAGUGGUUCAAUUAUAACAUUUCCUAAUUUAUUAUUAUUUCCACAAAAGUUGAAAACAAAUAAUUUUAAUUCAUUACUAAGAAUAUUUGUGUGCCAUGACAUUAAAAAAUUUAUUUGACCCAAGGUAAAAUUGUAAAUACCUAAGGUACAUAUGUAAGUUGGACAAAUUUUUGAGAACUAUAGAUGUCCAAGAUAAAUAGGUUUUACUAUAGUUAGGCCUUCGUUUUUAUAAUUGCUAUGCGUAUAAUUCCAAUAAUAGGUAAUAAUAAGUCCAAUGAUAGUUAAUGUAUUUUUUUUUAGAAGUAAGUUAUUCUACUUUCAAAAUGUUUCUUGAAUUAUCUAUUUUAUACUUCAAUCAUCAAAUCUUUAGAUCUUUUGUAUUGAUCCAUGAACCUAAUGUGAGAUAGAGAAAUUAACACGUUUCUUUUUAUGUAUUUUUUUAUUCAUUUCUAGACAAUGAACGAUUCAUAGUUACUCUUCCAAUCUUGUACGUUAAUGCUUCUGUCACUGGAAUUAAAAUAAUAUCACAUAUUUUGUUUUCUCGGCAGGGAAAUUAUUGUCAAUACCCUGUGCAAAUCCUUUGUUUCUCCACUGUGCUCGGCCCUUUGUCUUCCUGAUUUAUUAUUAAUGUCAAGCAAGCUGCUACACUUUUAACAUUUUUCUGUAUUGUUGAUUCAGUGAAACCAAAAAACUUCUUGAGGGUUCAUUUUCAUCGUAUUUGAAUCUGCAACAGGCCACUUGUAUAUAUAAGUUGUCAAUAUUUGAUCCAAUGUUUGUGUGGAUUAUAAUUCUAUUAUGCUAUUAUUCAUCUCAACCUUUUUCAGAAAAAAGUUAAAUAGUUAACUAUCAUCUUACCUCAUAUCUUUGCUUGCAUUAAAAAAUUAUCCUCAAAACAUGAAUGUGGUUAUGUGUAAUCUCAGAAAGCUUAAAUAAGAUUUCUGAACUUUUCCAUUGCUUGGACAAGUUUCUAAUUUUCUGUUCUUCUAAAAUCACAUACUUCAAGAGUGCAAGAUGGAAAUAUUCUUUACCAUUUUGUUUUAUAAUCUUUGCCUACCAAAAUAAGGUCAAUGAUAUUGUAACAGUGCUGCUGGUUUUAACAUUGUUUGAUGUUAAUUUCCAAAAUCUCUAGAUUUCUCCUUCUCAAAUUUUCACUAAGCUAAAAAAAAAGAAAAAAAAUGUGUAUAAUUUUUCAAGCAAAUCUUUAGUAUCUAGUAUCUCAAUUUUGAAAAAUUGUGAGGUUUUAAUGAAUACCAUACUUUUAAUUUACAAGCACAUUGCCCUGUUUUGAACCAAAACUUGUAAAGAAAUAGUUUUGAAUCAUUUGUGAAAAAAUUACGUAGUUGCACUAGAAGCUUCAUAUGAAGUUCCCCCCAAAUUUAAUAUGUGGAUUUCAAAUUCACUAGGCAUUGAUUGAUUGGUGAUCAUUAGUCCCACAAGUGUUGUGCAUGUUUUUAUCUCGGUAGGUGACAAUGAUCUUUCCCCGCUGGAUGGAGACCCAUCGGCAUGCAGGGGCUUCCCAACCAAGUAUAUCCCACCAGCAGGGCACUGCCAAAGUCGGGACUAGCAAUAAGUUCUCAACUGGUCUUCCAGCAUGUGUGGUAGUGUAGUGCAU